CGCUGGGACCCUCAGCGCGCGCGCGGGUGCGCGAGGUGACAGCGGCCGGGCCGGGCAGUGGGACGCCGAGCCCAGCCCGGGGGACCGGCCCGCUCCCCAGCGCAGCCGCGAUGUCGGUGGCCGGGCUGAAGAAGCAGUUCCACAAAGCCAGCCAGCUGUUUAGUGAAAAAAUAAGUGGUGCUGAGGGAACGAAGCUAGAUGACGAAUUUCUGGACAUGGAAAGGAAAAUAGAUGUUACCAAUAAAGCAGUUGCAGAGAUUCUUUCAAAAGCCACUGAAUACCUUCAGCCGAAUCCAGCAUAUAGAGCUAAGCUAGGAAUGCUGAAUACUGUGUCGAAGAUCCGAGGGCAGGUGAAGACCACGGGCUACCCGCAGACGGAGGGGCUGCUGGGGGACUGCAUGCUGAAGUAUGGCAAGGAGCUUGGGGAGGACUCCACCUUUGGCAAUGCGUUGACCGAGGUUGGUGAAUCCAUGAAGCUAAUGGCCGAGGUGAAAGACUCUCUUGAUAUUAAUGUAAAGCAAACUUUUAUUGAUCCACUUCAGUUACUCCAAGAUAAAGAUUUAAAAGAGAUUGGGCAUCACCUGAAAAAGCUGGAGGGCCGCCGCCUGGAUUACGAUUAUAAAAAGAAGCGAGUAGGUAAGAUUCCAGAUGAAGAAGUCAGACAAGCGGUAGAAAAGUUUGAAGAGUCAAAGGACUUGGCUGAAAGAAGCAUGUUUAAUUUUUUAGAAAAUGAUGUAGAGCAAGUCAGCCAGUUGGCCGUGUUUGUCGAGGCCGCACUAGACUAUCACAAACAGUCCACAGAGAUCCUGCAGGAUCUACAGGGCAAGCUGCAGAUGCGGAUAUCAGCUGCAUCCAGUGUCCCCAGGCGAGAAUACAAGCCAAGGCCAGUGAAGAGGAGUUCUAGUGAGCUCAAUGGAGUUUCCUCCACCUCUACAGCAAAGAUGACAGAUAUUUCGUUGUGUUAAUGAGGAAUACUGGAGAAUGGUACAAAAUGUUCCAGAGCACUGGGAAUGAUUUAUUUGCAAGACUCGGGAUCACAAGGAAUGAAUACUCAGCACGUACUGCAUAGGGAUCUGCUGUAUGCAUCUGCUCAGGAGGACAAAAGCACUGAGACACAGUGAGUUCCUUGGCGUACUCACUGAGCUGCACAUGUCCUAGCAGGUCCCUUCCUUCUUAGCCAGUAGCUCAGCCCCAGGGAGGUUAAGUUGUUAGACCAGUGAUGUUCAGCCAGAUGUGCAGGAGGCACUGUUGAGAAGUCUCUGUGUCCAUCACUUGCCUCCUUGACUGCUCCAAACUCUCCUAUGUGCCACUGCUUGCCGGGUGCCUUUCCUGGAAGUUUCUCUUGGCGGCAGAUCCGAGUCCCUGUGUCAUACAUCCAGCUUUGAGCUUCAUAGAUUUGUGGGUGGAAUUUUCAAGUGUAAAGGGGACCUGUGCUGCUUGUUUCUCAGGCAUAGUUUCAAAAGAAAAUAGCAUUUUAUAUCCUGCAUUAAUGGGAAAUUACUUUCCAUUAGGAUUCGGAAUGAUUUGCACAUAAUGUUUAUAAAGUAAAGGAAAAAUGUCAAGCAUUUCACUAACAAUUUAAAGCAAAGCUCACAAGACUCUGCCAGAAAUGAAUUCCAAGAACAUUUUCUUCACCAUUUCUUCUUUCUAGAGAAAAAAAUAUUAAGAGAAAGAUGAAAGGACAGGGGUCAAUUAGGCAGAGUGCAUCAUGGGCCUGAGAUGGAACCUCUGAUACCAUCAUGGCUGGGGAGUGAAGAGAAUAAAUAAAGUGAGCCAGAAACAGAGGAGGCAGGGUGGGGGGAUCACAACUUGAAAUGAUGGAUUGUAGACAAAGUCCAAGUUCAGGCCCUGGCCAGGAGAGAGGAGCCCUGUCCAAGCUCUCGGUAUGGACGAGGUCAUGUUGCUUUAGCAGCACACGCUGCCCCUCUGUCCCCGCAGAGAAAAGGAGGCCAAGGAAAGUCCUUGAGCUGAACUGUGCGCCUAGAGGCAGUUCUCAGAAAACCAAUUUUGAAGAAAAUCAUACAGACACUGUGACCUUUGCUCAAGUAUUUUUCCCAUUACCAAAAGACAGAGGACAAGAUGUAUUUCACGUUUUUAUCAAUUCAUUUAUUUUUGCUGAUUUUUAUUCCCGUGAAAUUCUCAAAGAACGUACCACUUUAUGUAAUGACAGUGAGGGGUUAAAGGCUCCAAAUUGAGUUCUACUUUAAAAAUGUAGAAAAGGCUGAGACUUGUUAAUAAAUGGCAUUCAGUUCCAACUGUGUGCUGCAGGCCUGUCAGAGUGAAGCAAAAUAAAUCUCUCAAAUGACUUAUAUUAAGACAUUCUAACUCUCUUUAGGUAUAAAAGAGACUUUUAUAAAUUUCUUGACACUUGUAAGGCUGCUCAGAAAUAACUUCUACAGUGUAAGUCAUUCCUUUCAUUGGCAAAAAAAA